AGGUGUCUGCCUGUCGCAGCGGCUUGGGGUUGACAUUAAGAAGAGCGUGUCCAUGCUUCAGCCGAGAGAUAAAGCGCAAUUUGAGGGAAGCGAUACUCAGAUUGAACGGCUUCCAGACAAAUCCUCAUCACUACGCGGGAUACAUGGAUGGACAGACACACAUUGCAAUCGGAAUUAACUUGUCAGCCGGUGCGAGGAAUUUCUGGAUAUAAUGGGGAAUACGACACCCAAACCAUUAAUAGAUGCGACUCUGCAACCCCGCCCUGUGGCAAACAGGCAGUACUACACCCUGCCAAACAGUGGGGCAGGUGUGGAGAGAAGAACCUCUGCUCCUCCAGUCAGCAUCAGUGUGGAAUCACCCCGCUUUCAUCCCCAUGCCAAAGGCAAGAAUAUCAGGCUGGAUGGGCAGCUACGGCGUGCUACACGGAAGAACAGCUUCUGUAAUGGCAUCACUUUCAGCCACAGGCCCGUUCACCUCUAUGAAAAGGUGCGGCUUCGCCUGUCUGGUGUACACACGGGCUGGAGUGGAGCGCUACGCUUUGGUUUCACCAGUCUGGAUCCUAGCGAAUUGCUCUCUACUGACAUCCCCAAGUAUGCUUGUCCGGACCUGGUGACACGACCUGGCUACUGGGCCAAAGCUCUCCCUGAGAGACUGGCCUUGAAGGACAAUGUGUUGUCAUUCUGGGCUGAUCGCCAUGGAAGAGUUUUCUACAGCAUCAAUGACGGAGAGCCAAUCCUUUUCCACUGUGGGCUCAGCAUCGGCUGCCCACUCUGGGCCAUCAUAGAUAUCUAUGGCAUCACUCAGGAGGUCACACUGCUCGAAAGCACGUUUGCAGAGAGCGUGGGAUCCAGCUGCCUGAGUGCAGCCCGACUGAGUGCCUAUCUGCCCCAGAGUAGCCACGACUCAGCCAAUUACAGCAACAACCAGCUGGAGAACAACCAAGCUGCUGCUGCCAAAAUGGCCAACCUCCAGCUCAAUAACUACACUCAGCUCAUCCCGUGCUGCUCCUCCACCUCCUCCUCCUCCACACCAUCCUCAUCUGCUUCCACUGGAUUCAGCGUCCCAAGGAUGGGCCGGGGCCUUCCUUCCCCACUGGACAAUGACUUGCACUUUCACCCUGUCCGUGGCUCCGAUGUAAUACUCUCUGCAGACCGCUCAGUAGCCUGUAUCCACUUUUUGGACAGCAGUCGGACUCUGGUGUUUAGCGACCGGCCGCUACAUGUUGGGGAAACUUUGUAUGUAGAGGUUGGUCACCUAGGUCUGCCGUACUUUGGGGCACUGCUGUUCGGUUUGACAUCCUGUGACCCAGCUAGUCUCCAUGCUGCAGACCUUCCGGCAGACCCCGAGGUUCUCCUGGACCGUAAAGAGUAUUGGGUGGUGCACCGUGGUUUCCCCAUGCCUUGCUCUGGAGACGUGCUCAGUUUCAGCCUGUUGCCCAGCGGAGAGGUACACCAUGGGGUGAAUGGAGUGGGACGUGGCAGGCUGCUUUGUGUGGACUCCUCUCAGGUCCUGUGGGCCUUUUUCACCCUCCACGGGGCUGUCAACAGACUCAGGAUACUAGGAACACUGCAAUCCAGUCCUCCCCCCAACUCCCCCAGCACUUCCCAGAGCAGCAGUCCAGAUGACAGUGACUCAGACCUGGCGUUUAGUGUCAACAGAUCCUCUUCUGCGUCUGAAUCCUCUCUUGUGACUGCACCCAGCUCCCCUCUCAGUCCUCCCGUCUCUCCCACUCUCACCGCCCCAGAGCUGCCCUCUUCUGGAAAAAACGGAGAGUGCACCAUUUGUUUCGACCAGGAGGUGGACACUGUCAUCUACACUUGCGGACACAUGUGUCUGUGCAAUGACUGCGGGCUGAAGCUGAAGAGACAAAUCAAUGCAUGUUGUCCAAUAUGCAGGAGGUCUAUCAAAGAUGUUAUCAAAACAUAUCGGCCAUGAUGUUCCAGAUGUUUAAACAGGUGCUGGGACUUCCACAGCCGGCAAGGAGAUGAAUGGAUGCCACUGGCUUCCACUUCUCAGGCCCCAACCAGAGAUUUAGUCACAAAAGGACAUAAUUGUGCCUAUAGGAUUUCCAUUUUAUGUGGUUAAUCAUCUCUGGAAACAGACUUUUCAUGUAAGAGAACUGUGAGGACACCCAACAUAAUACACAGACUGCAUACAUGAGCUCCUAUAUUUUGACUAAGACAAAAGAGAUUAAUUAUGUGCUACCAUUUUGUAUUUUCAAUGUAAUAUCUUUUAUGUCAGAUGUAUUUGCUGAGCAGAAAAGCUGCUGUGAAUAUGUUGUCCAUAGUCCCUGAUCUAUGUGUGCUUCGGCAGAAAAUGUGGACCGUAGUCUAACUUCUAGUGCCUUAGAUAUUUGUCACAUUUUGUGUAAUUACGCUAACAAUCUUAGCCAUAUUUUCAAUGUACAUUACUGAAAGUUUGUGGUAAGAAAAAAGGCACAGAUGCAGAAUCUAUGCAAUAAAAUGUACAAUAGUAAAAGUAAGUGGAAGGUGAAACUGUAUGGCAAGUGUGUUCAGAUGUGUUUGAAGAAAAGUAUGCUCAGAGAGUAUUAAAUAUAAAUGAAGAUUCUGGUUUUGCACAUUGAGAGAUUAAUAAAAGUGAAGUA